GAAGAGGAGCGGAGCGCACAGCCGCACCGACGGGACACGGCGUAGAUUUUCAUUUAAGGGAACGAAGAAGAAGAAGAAGAAGAACAACAACAACAAACGAAUAAACCACCAAACCUCGGUCAAUUAGUGGACGGACCUCAGCUGGAAUAUUUACACGGAAACGCCGCAGCUCUCGUCGCGCCGCAGCUUCGAGAGUCCAAGAUACGAGGACUCAGAGCACUGACCCGGGUCCUACGCUGAGAACGAGGCCCAACUAACGUGUGUGUGUGUGUGUGUUUAUGCCUAUAUGUAUGAAUGCCCAUGUGAAAACACUGGGGAGCGUUUUUUCAGAGUGUGUGCGUUUCUCUGGCUGCAUUGUGCCAUUCAGUGUGCGUGAGCGUGUGCAUGUGCGAGGAUGAGGGCCUUAGGACUGCUGUGCUUCCUAAUAAUUGCGGAAGCUGGGAAUUCCCAGUAUGAGCAUGACUCACAAGAUGGUCCCGUAGCCGAGACACCCUCAAGAGGCAAUGCCUCCUUCCCCCUACCAGGCCUCGGACCAAGACCGGGACCCGGACCUGGACCGGGACCAGGCAGACCCCGCGCCGCUUUCCCCCCUAUGUGCAUCAAGCCCACGGAGAUUCAGCAUGCUUUUAAAUACGUGAACACGGUGGUGUCCUGCCUGAUCUUUGUGGUGGGGAUCAUUGGCAACUCCACACUGCUGAGGAUCAUUUACAAGAACAAGUGCAUGAGGAACGGGCCCAACGUCCUCAUCGGCAGCCUAGCCCUCGGAGACCUGCUUUAUAUUCUAAUUGCCAUCCCCAUUAAUGUUUUCAAGCUAAUUGCUGAGGACUGGCCGUUCGGCGUCUACCUCUGUAAGAUGAUGCCAUUCAUUCAGAAAGCUUCAGUGGGAAUUACUGUCCUCAGCCUGUGUGCCCUCAGCAUUGACCGCUACCAUGCGGUGACGUCGUGGAGCAGGGUGAAGGGGAUGGGGAUUCCUCUGUGGAAAGCUAUAGAGGUGACACUAAUCUGGCUUGCAGCAGUGUUGUUGGCUGUCCCUGAAGCUCUUGCAUUCGACAUGAUGGAACUGCCUUACAGGGGUAACAAGCUACGCGUUUGUCUGCUGCAUCCGGAGCAGAGCGGUAGCUUCAUGAAGUUCUACCAAGAUGUGAAGGAUUGGUGGUUGUUUGGCUUCUAUUUCUGCCUGCCGUUGGCCUGCACGGGAAUCUUCUACACGCUCAUGUCCUGUGAAAUGCUCAGCCGCAAGAAAGGCAUGCGCAUUGCACUCAAUGACCAUAUGAAACAGAGACGGGAAGUAGCUAAGACGGUGUUCUGCCUUGUGUUAAUAUUUGCGCUGUGCUGGCUGCCUCUACACCUCAGCCGCAUACUGAAGAAAACAAUCUACGACCAAAAUGACCCCAACCGCUGUGAACUUCUCAGCUUCCUGUUGGUGAUGGAUUACAUUGGGAUAAACAUGGCUUCCCUCAACUCCUGUAUUAACCCUAUUGCCCUCUACUUUGUUAGCCAGAAGUUUAAGAACUGCUUCCAGUCCUGCUUGUGCUGCUGGUGCUACAGAAACUCCUCAUUAGAUGAGCGAGGCUCCGGGGUCCGUUGGAAGGGCUCCUGCCAUGGGAAUGGGUUGGACCGUACCAGUUCCCGCUCCAGCCAAAAAUACAGCUCCUCGUGAACACACACACACACACACACACACACACACACACACACACACACAAUUUUCAAAGUGCCAGUCAAAGGCAUGGGCGAAACAGGCAGUUGCCUAGGAUGGCAACAGGGCUAGGGGCAGCACAGAACAGUGUUUUAUCAUCAUUAUUGUAGCUGACAUUUUAGAGAAGCCAUCAAACUUUUUUUUUUCUCCCAUUUUCCUCCCGAAUGGUAUUUGGCCAAUUACCUCACUCUUCAGAGCCGUCCCGGUCACUGCUUCAGCCCCUCUGCCGAUCCGGGGAGGGCUGCAGAAUACCACAUGUAUCCUCUGAUACAUGUGGAGUCGCCAGCCGCUUCUUUUCACCUGACAGUGAGGAGUUUCACCAAGGGGAUGUAGCGCGUGGGAGUAUCACACUAUUCCCCCCAGUUCCCCCCCCCCGAACAGGCACCCCGACCGACCAGAGGAGGGCGCUAGUGCAGCGACCAGGACACACACCCACAUCCAGCUUUCCACCUGCAGACAUGGCCAAUUGUGUCAGUAGGGACGCCCGACCAACCCGGAUGCAACACGGGGAUUCGAACCGACGAUCCCUGUGUUGGUAGGCAAUGGAACAGACCGCUACGCUACCUGGGCACCCCAAAGCCAUCAAACUUAAUCUACUGCCCUGUGCCCUGGCCUCCUACUUGCUCCCCCUCCAUCUGCUGACCAAAGACCUCAGUUGAGAUAUGGGAGAGGGGGCAGGGCGUCACGCUGUGAACCUUUUAAAUCAAUAGGUCAAACACAUUAUCUAACCAAUUUAAACUCCUGCCUGCCCUUAUAUAAGCUAAACUACAUGUGGAACAUAACUCUGGAAGCUAUUCAAACGUUUCGAGGUUGUCAGAGAGAGGUAGACUAAUUUGUUGUUGAAAACGAUGUGUCACGAUGAGACACCCUUAGCCAUCAGAUACACAAUAUGAUAAAUAUUAGGGUGUCUUUGAGUGAUGUUGCUGUGUAAGGUGCCAAAAUUUCCAAGACCACACACACACACACAUGCACACAUAGGAGCUAACACAUUACACAGCUCUUCUGACAAAAGCUUGUUACCACUGGGGAAAUUCCUGUCACUGGCCAUCAGAGUGAGGGGAAAUGAUGGGAAAAGGAAAAAAAAGUAGCUCUUCCUUUUAAGAAGGACUUCCAUUAAAUGUGAACUGGUUAUAAAGUGAGAGACUUCAGAAGACAUGGAACAGCUCCGAUUGAUGCGUCACACAGUGGGACAGUGCCUUUAUUUGUCCAGGCUGUACUCAUAACCGCUAAAACAAGACAGCGCGACCAUUCUCAACGAAGAAACUCUUCAGAGGAGGCCUACAUGUUAAUCAGCACGGGCGAGCAAAGUAAACUCAAAAUAUGUGUAUAUGUCUGUGCAUCAUUAUUACUUGCAGAUCGGAGACCUUUAAUUAUGUUAGGAGAUUUGUCCUUUUCAUAUAGAUUGUUGGUCCCCCCAAAAAAUAAAAAAAAUUGCAGAUAUUGUACCAUGUUGAAGCUUUAACAACUCCUGGGGUAAGAAGGUAGGGGGUGAACAAUACAAAUUACUUCUUAGAGAGUUAACAAGGAUUGCUAUGCACAUAUUAGCUUGAUCAAUUAUUCUGCUGAUCGUUUGGCAGUUACACUGUGAGUCACUGUUAAGCCCCCGGCCAACGAAGAGUUCAGUAACUCCUGAUGACAUCAUAGCGAGGCAAAAUGGGCCCUACUGUAUGUCUCAAUGUCUUGUGACGGACGGUUGAUAAUCUGUAGUCUCUGGUCUGAUAAUCAUCGCUGCUUUCAAGUCAUGUGGAGGGCAGCUGUUGUAUAAAAAUAUCAGCAAGCACGAUUCUCAUCAUGUUACACAGAAAUGGUUUGCGGGGCGGGUUGUUUGUUUCUGCAAUCAACAUGAUGUUCUCAUUGCUGUAUUGCCACUUUGUAUAAAAUGUCUAAUUGUUUCUUUGAAUGUAAAAUGUAUUUUUAUACAAAAAAAGAAAAAAACAAUCUUAUCACGUAAUAUUACAUGGCUUUUUAAUCCACAUUGUGAGCUAUUUAGUUAGGGGUUCGAGGCAGCCUGUUUUUGUGCCGAUUUGUUAUUUUUCUUCUUCAGAAAUGUUGGCGCAAAUUCCCGUGAGGCGGUAAAUGGUAGAGACGCGAGGUAUUUGCCCAUCGAUUGGAAGUGGCGUUCAAGCGCUGACCCCAUUCGGCCUGAUGGGGGCGCUACAAUCAAAGGUCAACUUUGAAAAGUCAUUACUCCUACACCGUAAAUCCGAUUUACACGAAAUUUAGUACAAACAACCAUCUGUCCUCAAUCUACAAAUUCGCACCAAGAACCGCUAAAAACCGCCUGACCAGAUUUUCAGCCAUUUUGUUUUCUUAAACACAUUUUUGACACCUCCUCCUAAACCGCAGGUCCGAUUGCUACCAAACUUUCUGUGGAUCAUUAUUGGACCAAACUUGUCAGAAGUUGUAAGCUGGUCAAACGGCAUGUUUUCCUGAAUCACUAUGGGGGCAGAGUACACUGUUAAAAGUAACAUUCUGAACUUUUUCAUGGAAAAAUAUUUGAUUUAAAAGAUGGGGGAAAAAAGUAUCUAUGGAUUGUGCAAGAGCCUGGCCGCCCUGUCAGUCAGUCCUCAGUAACAUCGCCUUUGGCAGAAACCACGACUCACAAAUGUUUCAUACAUGCCCAAAAAAUGUCAGAGGGUAAAUUAAUGUCUUCUCAUCUCAUCAACAGGUUCAAGAAAACAUGCCACUUGAUCACGGGUGUCCAUGUUUUUGCAUUAAACCCAAGAGAUUUGUUGCUGCGGGUAUUGAAAUACCCGCCAUUCUGGUGUAAUGUUCCCAAAUGUGACUCUGAAAACGUAUCCACAAAUAGCAAACAUAAAUAGAUAAAUAGAUAAAUAAAGCAAUGUACACGUCCUGCAUUUCCUGUUGGACACACGGUCAACUAUAAAGUUAGCAAAGAGGGAAAACUGCAGUUUUCACGUGUUAAUAGAGAGUAAAUAUGGUGCAGGGAGAUAUUUUUUUAUUCAUCCUAACUGUACUCCAUCUGAAAAGAGACAUUUCUGUAAUCUAAAUGUAAGUAUUGCAAACGUUGUUACUGAGCAUCAUGAGAUCUGCAAACUUCUUUUUUCUUUUCUUUUUUUCUUUUAUAAGUGGUAAGAAUUGUGGAUUUUGCUGAUGUCAAACAGGCCAUCAAACCCGUGUUAUAACAGUGUUUCCUUGCCUUUGCUGGACCAUAAUGAAGAUGCGGUUGGACCAAACAGAUCCUCCUUGUUUGAGCUUAGUUAUAUUUGGGAAACUAGCAGGCAGUUUGAUCGUCAUUCAGACCCGACAGUGUCGUACUGGACAAAUGGACAAACAUUUAGAGAUAAAGUGGCAUGUGUCAUUUAUUCAUGAGUUUAAUGCUCACAGUAUUAUAGUUUGCAGUAAUAAGCAGCCAUAUAUUUCACCAUUCAUUCUUACUAAACUCAAUCCCAGAAGGCACGAGGCAGGAGGACAUGCAGGUUGUGGACUUGUCGUAGUAACUGAGUCAAUGUCACUCUUCUCUGAGGUCAGAGUUCAUACUCACUGCUGAUCUGAGAAACCGUGUGAAUGUUUUUCAGAGGGACCGCCGAGGACUUUCAGGUUUAAGAUGAAAAAAAUGCUUUGUAAAUAGAAGCCCAGGUGUUUAGAGCAACCUUAUCCUUUAUAUUGUACUUAUUUGUUGAGAUUAUACAGUUAUGACUAUUAUUUUAUAGCAGCAGAGUUUUAAUCUUACUGUGGAAUUAAAACCACCGUACAUUACAUGGACUUUGGGGUUAUUCCUUUUUCAGUGGCUGUGUG